UGCAAAUGCUGUGGUUUUGAUAAUGGGCUGCUGGUUUCUGCCCUAGUUCAUCAUACACAAGAGGUGAAGGCCAAGACUGCCCUUAUUGCCUUUGUUUCCACAGAAUGAAAGAUCCUCUGAGGGGGUUGCCUCAGGGAUCUUCAAAAGAUGGCCUGCAAAAGGGGAGCACAGGAACAGUGACUCUCAAUGAUAUAGAGGAUGACAAGGAGAAGGACUCUGAGGUCCCUCCAGAGGUUCCAACAACCGGCAACAGGCGUAACAUGUGUGCAGAUGACCUUCACAGAGCACGAGUUAAGAUGAUGAAGAAAAAGAGAAUAUGGAUCAAUCUUACAAACUGCAAGCAAUCCAGUGUUCGGCGUGCAGCCAUUCAGUUUGGGUUGAAAGAGGUGGGUGAUGACGAGGAAUGGACUCUAUUCUGGACUGACUACUCAGUCUCAUUGGACAAAGCCAUGGAACUAAAACGCUACCAGAAAAUUAAUCAUUUUCCUGGAAUGAAUGAGAUCUGCAGGAAGGAUUUGCUGGCUCGCAACUUAAAUAGGAUGUUAAAGCUUUACCCAAAGGAUUACAACAUUUUCCCAAAAACAUGGUGUCUGCCAUCUGAUUAUCAUGAGUUUAUGGCCUACAGCAGAGCAAGGAAAUCAAAGACCUUCAUUUGCAAACCAGAUUCUGAAUGUCAGGGGCGUGGUAUUUUUCUAACCAGGAACACGAGCGAAGUUAAACCAGGGGAAGACAUGGUUUGCCAGGUGUACAUUCCAAAGCCAUUCAUCUUGGAUGGGUUCAAGUUUGAUCUCAGACUCUAUGUCUUGAUUACUUCUUGUGACCCUCUCCGGAUAUAUUUCUACGAUGAGGGCCUGAUCCGUUUUGCCACCACAAAGUAUUCUGAACCUACAGACAGGAAUGUAGAGGAUAUCUGUAUGCACCUCACCAACUACUCGAUCAACAAGCAUAGCAAGAACUUCGUCCGAGAUGAAAACAAAGGUAGUAAAAGAAAGCUUUCUUUCUUUAACAAGUACAUGGAGAACAAUGCCUAUGAUUUGGAGAGACUGUGGAGCAGCAUUGAAGAUGUGAUCAUCAAAACUAUCCUGGCUGCAUAUCCGGUUCUGAAACACAACUACCUCACAUGCUUCCCAAACCAUAUUUCUGGCAGUGCUUGCUUUGAGAUCCUUGGCUUUGAUAUCCUUCUGGACCAGUCUUUGAAACCCUGGCUGCUGGAGGUUAAUCAUUCUCCAAGUUUUACUACUGACUCCAAACUUGACCAAGAAGUGAAAGAUAACCUUCUUUACGAUACUUUUUGCAUGAUAAAUCUCGGUGCUUGUGACCGGCGGAAAGUUCUAGAAGAAGAGAGACGUCGAACAAAUGAGCGACUUCUUCAUAUCUACAAGUCUCGUGAGGACAGAGCUGAUGAAAUAAAAAGCAAUCAGGCUGCCUGGGUGGAGCAGAUGGAAAAGUAUGAAGAUGAAAACAUGGGAAACUUCAGAAGAAUUUAUCCCAUUCCUGGCACAGAAAAAUAUGAUAAAUUCUUGAAAUACAAACAUUCGCUUUUCCAGGAAACUAUUGCCUCCAAGGCUCGGGAAGAAUGUGCCAGGCAGAUGCGUCAAGAGAUUCGGCAGAAGCAGGAACAGAAGGAGUUACUGCUGAAAGGGCGGAAGUACCCAGAGAGAAACCUACGGGGAGAGUCUCAGAACCAGAAGAAUCUCUCAUUGACAGCCUUGAUGAAGCAGAAACCGCCUACACCACCACCCCCCAUUGCUACCAGCCCUGUUCCAGAAACAGAGAGGUGCCCAAUCCAGGGAAUGAGUGAGAUUGAGAAUGUGAAUGUGGAGAAGACUGAAGAAACACCUCCAGACAGUACUGAUGUUGAUCCAGGACUAAAUGUCAUGGAGCAAGUUGAUACACUGUGUGCGGCGACCAUGGACAGCCCUGAUAGAACCCCAGAAAACAACAGCCACAUUCAAACACAGGCAAAGGAUUUGGACCAGACCCUGGACCAGUUAGAAAUCCUGGUCAAGUCUGAAACUGAGGCAAUCACUGAACCUCAGCCUGAGGCCCAAUCAGAGACUCCGCAAGAAGUCGAAAUGGAGCCCCGAGCUCAGUCAGAAUCUCAACCUGAGGGCCAUGCUCAACCAAUGGCUCCAGAGGAGACUCAGAGCAAGGCUUGGUCAGAAGCCAUGGUCCAGAUUCAGGCGGCCGUUCAGCAGCAGGUACAGCAUGAGGCCCAGGACCAGGAUCAAACAGAGGAUCUGGGUCAGGCUCAAGUAGUACCUCUGAACCAGGCUCAUGGAGAGGCCGAGGACCAGGUUGAAGCAGAGACCUGCAACCAGACAGAGACAAAGGUCCAGGAUCCGAUUCAACUACAGGCCUCAGACCAGGCACAUCGCGAGGCCCCAGAACAGGUUCAGCCAGAAACUUGGCAUCAGGUACAGCCAGACAACUGGGACCAGGCUCAGGAGGCCCAAGGACAUGUUCAGCAGGAGGCUCAAGACCAGGUUCAAACAAAGGACCAGGACCCAGAGCAAGCUCAGCCUCAGGCCCUAGACCCAGUUCUCUCAGAGGUUUGGGACCAAGCACAACAGGAGGCACAAGACCAGGCUCAAACAGAAGCCUGGGAUCAGGCCCAACCACUAGCCCAGGUCCACUUUGAGCCAGAGGCACAAACAGCAAUCCAGCCAAAAGCCGAGACAUGGCAGAGUGAGACACAUGAUGAAGAGCAAGAGCUCAUGUCAGAUGCUGAAUCUCAAACAGAAGCCUACGUUGAGCCAGAGGACCAAGCAGAAAGCCAGUUCCAGAUGGAGAACAAAUUAGAUACAGAGAUCAAAGAAGAAGCACAGCAAUGGAUCGAAUUCGUGCCCAAUCCAUCUAUGGAGAUUGCAUCCUGUAAUACCCAGUUGGAGAUCCCUGAAGAACUGGACACCCAGAGUACGUCAUCACAGGGCAGUGAAGAGGAGCUCAGGCCCAAGGACACGUACAGCAUCACAUCAGUAAAAAGCAUGGAACAAAUUGGGAGUUCAAGUCAAUUCCAACUGCAGGCCCAGGUCCAUCCGAACAUUCAGUACCCACCUACCUACCAAUUACAAUUCCCCAACCAAAACCAGCCUGAGACCCAGGUCUUUCCAAAAGUGGGACUUAAGGCUAGAAAAGGCUUCGUAGGCAAUCAUUACUUUACAUCACAAAUGAUCAAGAGGGUGUCUAUGGCUCUGAAACGCAAUCGCAAUCAGGUGUGUCCUCCAAAUGAUGUAAAUUACUUUGUGCAGACAGACACUACAGAGGCCUUAAACCAAAGUCCCUAUAUGAUGGAGGAAAUUCCCAAUGCAGCAAGAGAUCAACACAAUUCCAAUUGCAGCUGUUGGAAACGGAACGCAAAUAGGAUCUUCUGCAUGGGCCGAUUACGAAGUAAUGAUGUGAAAUCUUGCUUUACGAACCAUUGCGAGCUGCAGAGAAACCAAGUUACUGAAACAUUUCAUAGCACAUUUGUUAAUCCAGAAAAGGUUAUUGAGGACAAGAGCAGACGGAACCUGUGUGUGGUGUCCUUUAAGGCCCCCACAAUUCAGAGACUUGGAUGUGCUCAUUUUACCAAACCUACGAUAAGACAAAAGGAUCUAAAUAAUAUUGGCAGGAGAUAAUCAGACCAUUUUGACGUUGAGCUGCGAGAGAUUUACUUCAUUGGGUUAUCCAUCAUUUCUGCAAUACUCAAUUUCUGCCCUGCAAUGUUUCACCCUUGAGAGUCAUCCUCCACAACUUCAAACCCACUGCAACUUUCUUUAAUUUAAAGACCAUAAACUGUAUAACAAAUUGAUUUAGUGAGUGGCAUUUAUUCAUCAUCACCCUGUGCUUUUAGAAAUGUAUCUUGUUACAAAAGGUAUUAAAUAUAUUUAAAGAUUAUAAAAUACCACAUUGUUACAUUAAUUUGUUUGUUUGCAAAAUACUUAACAUUACUCAUUUUGGUUCACAUCUUCAGUUAUGAACCAGUUUAUGCCUCCCAGACAUUACAAUUUACCUUCCUCCUCACAUCCAUUUUCUCCUGUUCUCACCUGAAGGCACUUGCUCAUUAUGAGCUUCACAGAUACCCCCUUGAGAUUAUUAUGUGUGUGUAGAAUAGUAAGUGCCAAUAACAUUACUCUACUGUUAAACUACUUCUGCCUACACUUUAAAGAUUAUUCGUUGACUGUGGAGCACUUUCAAAUAUCUGUAGGAUAUUUUAAGGUUCUGUAUAAGCACAGUUAUUUAGAGACUGCCUCAGUGAUAAUGUAUUAGAGUUCAUUCAGUAGUCUGGGUGACUCUGGCUGCAUGAAUGUUGUCUUUUGGAGCUAUGGGAUUGCAAUAGUUGAAGGUCCAACAUGCUUGGCCACCAUUUUGAAUGUAUCUUCCUCAGCCAUCAAGUCCUGAGGUAGCAUUCAAGCUCAGAACUUUUAGCUCAGAGGCAGGGAUGCUAUUCACUGCACCUCCCAGUACUCAGAAUAUCAGUCUGGAUUAUAUGCUUAUGCCUUUGGAAUGGGACUUGAGCCCAUGAUCAACUGAGUGAGAAGCAAGAGUACUGUCCACUGAGCCACAGCUGACUUUCAAAGUUUUUUCUCAUGCUGGUGCUUAUUUUCAGGAAUGGCAGCAGGCAAUGAUGGAUCAAUCGCAAAGUACCACCUUCCCCAUUUAAAGUCGAGUUAAUGCCUAUUGUUGUAUUGCUAUCCAGAUCCCAAGCAAGACCACUCAGCCCUUGUCACUCAAUCAUUGCUCUUGGACUGGAACAUCUGACCUGAUGUCAGCGUAUCUGUUGUCUGGUGUUAAAAUUCAACCAUUUAUGAUACAUUGACCAAAAAUCUUCAAAGAAAAUGAAACAACAUCUACUUGAAUGCACUGUGUUAGGUCUUUAAUUGUCAGUGACUCCAGACCAAAUCUGCAGAGUUGCCAAUUCUACCCCAUAAUAAUGUCUGCAUAUUGGGAGCACAACUAAAUUCAGUGAGGCUUGACAACCAUUUGCAUUGAUCCAAAAGCUGUGCCUAGUCUAACUUCUAGACCAUCAUGCGACACAUUAGCAGAUCAGUAGAAACCUUCAGCCAUGGCUUGCCAGUCCAGCCAAAUGUUGAGCUCUGAGUUCACUGAAUUUAGCUAUUAAAAUACAUUGUGUAGAAAGUUAUUUUGAUGUGACAAAAGCUUUCAUUCAACUUCACAGCAACGAAGACCUCACAGUGCACCUGUGUACUCUUCAUGCUGAGAAUUUUUCUACCCUCCUUCCUAUUAUAUUCCUGCAGGUCUGACCACCUUCACACCCUCCUCAACUGCAUUUUCACAAUUAGCACAGAAAAUCCUUGGCUAGGAAAGUAACAGACUUGGCACAAUGAGUGUGGGUUAUAAAGCAGUGUUGUCCAAUACAUUAGCCACUCACCACAUGUACCUUUCCGGAUGUAGAAAAUUGCAGUUUUGAUUAGUAAAUAAGAAAUGUGUAAUAGACUCAGUCAUUGGCCUGUGAUGUCAAUAAUCACAUCUGAACUGCAUUAUAUGCAUGUGAACUUUAACCCUUUUGUGUGCAUUUGGUUUUAAAAAAGUAAGAUGAAAAUCAGAGUACACAAGUGUUUAUUGAUCAUUGUGAGUGAAUUUACAUCCUUGGUUACUGAAUGAUAA